AUGGUCAACACUUUCACUUUCGUCUCGAUUGCUCUUGCCGCGACGGCUACCAUCGCGUCGGGUGCUUCCAUGCGCGCGGAGGCGGCUCCCAUGCCCACCGGGGCGUGGCCUGCCAGCCAGGGUGACGAGUUCUUCGAUGAGCCCUACGUUGUCAAGAAAGGCGAAGUGUUCGAUGGCAAGAUGAAGACUUUUCAGCGCUCGAACGUCAAGUGCGCUGGUCAGCGUGAAAGCGGCUGGCAGACCGCCGUGUUCCGCGUCGAACCCGGUGGCACGCUCAAGAACGUGAUCAUCGGUCAGGACCAAAUGGAGGGCGUGCACUGCGAGCAGAGUGGCUGCACGAUCGAGAACGUUUGGUGGGACGAUGUGUGCGAGGACGCACUGAGCAUCAAGGGCGGGUCGGCCGGCAGUGUGACUAAGGUCAUCGGUGGCGGUGCUCGUUCCGCCCAGGACAAGGUCAUCCAGCACAAUGGCUACGGCACCGUCUCCAUCGAGGGCUUCUACGUCGAGGACUUCGGCAAGCUCUACCGUUCGUGCGGCACGUGUGGUAUCAAGGGUCUCAAGGUCAACGUCAAGAAUGUCUACGCCGUCGACGGCCGUGUCAGCAUCGUCACGGUGAACGAGAACUGGGGUGACCAGGCCACGCUCGAGAACAUCAAGAUCAAGGGCAAGAAGAUCAACGUGUGCUCGUGGUCGGACGGCACGACGUCGGGCGGCGAGCCGGACGAAGCUGGCGCCGGUCCCAAGGGCAACGUCUGCAAAUACUCGCCCAGUACGGUCACCUACGUCUAA